GUUGCUUUGAAGAUAAUGAAGGGGGAAUCCAUGUUUUGUGCAACUCAUUGGAAUUUGCUUGAUGAUGUUGUCAUGCCUGUUAAUGUGAAUGGUCUUAUGCACUGGAUUUUGUUGCACUUUAAUGUACAGCAGAGAUCUCUUACGGUGUAUGAUUCAAUGUCUGGUGCAAAGCAUGAAAAUCAGACUUUACCUGUCGUUGAGGCAUUUGCUGUUUUGAUUCCUCUUCUUCUGGAGAUGAUUGAUUUCUAUGUUCGUAAAGAUAUUCAUCUUGAUGUUAGCCCGUAUGAUGUGGUAGAGAAUGAGGCUUUGAAGUUGAGCAUUGCUAAAGGCAUUCCUCAACAGACUGAUUGUGAUUGUGGUGUGUUCUGUACUUAUUUUGCUGAGCAAAUAAUUCUUGGGAAGGAGAAUGAGAUGCCUAAAAAUAUUGAUGUUCGCCUCCUUCGUAAAGACAUUGCUGUCAGCUUGUACUAUCAUGGAAAGAACAAAGAACUUGAGGGAUACUUAACUAGCGAUGAGUUCACUGAGAAGCUUCUGGAGAGGAGACAGAAAAGAAUGAAAAUUGCUGCAUAGGCUUUUAGUGAUAUUAUAUUUCUUUUGGUUUUUUAAUCUUUUCUACAACUGUAAUUAAAUGGUGAAUCAAUUUCUAGUUUAACAGUUAGCUUUUUUAAUUUUCUUCUUAUGUAAAACAUUGGGAUUCUUAAGGUCAUUUUAUAUAUACAUAUUAGUAUAUCGUUUUGUUAAUUCUUUUGCUGUUAGCUUUUUGGAAGAAUGAUUUAGAGGGUAACCAGGUACCCAGGUUGUUUAUUUUCUAACAUACCAAGGGUAACUGGUUACUUAAUUGUUUUCUUUUUAAU